AUGGAACACUUUCAUUUGAACCCUGCCUCAAUCAAUACUCUGGCAUUGGCAGAGUUCUGCCCUGAGGCUGCCUUGAACAGGUGCAUAUCAAGCCGAAUUACAAGCAUGGGUUGUUCAGCAUCGGCUCCAGAGGCAGUUAUAAAUGACAUGACCGUGCUUCACAACCGGAAGGCGGCAGAUGUCGUUUUGGACGAGGCCACUAUCAAAAAUGUGGAACUUGUCGCACUCCCUCCGGUUGCAGAGGAUGAAGACGGAAAGGAAGUCACUAACAAAAUUGAGACAAAUAAGCCUGAAAUGACCACUAAAGUGGAGGAUACUCCUGCUGCUGAGGGUGCAUCAAAAACCAUUACACAGGAUCCGGUUCAGAGGUGCGAUGGUUUUGGUGGUGCUGAUGGCAUAAUAGCCAAAAAGGGAUACGUCGUCUUUGAAAUAAAUCUAGACGGAGAACUGGACACGUGCUUAGACAACUCAAAGAGACCAUUACCCAAACGUCUUAAACGCCUCGAGCCACUUCCGAGGGCUCCAAAACUAACCGCUGAAGAGUUGAAUGAAAAGCUGGAGAGGGCUGAGCAGAAGCAUCUUAAGGCCUUAGCCAUGAGGAAAUGUGGAAUCAGUCGUCGCUUUGAGAAAUUUGCUAAGCAACCUCCAAGCCACACGGGUGACGCUCCAACUGUAGUAGACGGCAGUCAGACUCAAAGAAAUGAUGAUGCGGGAGAAAGUGAAUCAAUAAGCACAGGAACCAGUGAAAACGAUAGCGAUGUUGUUACGUCACAAGAAGUGAACGUGUGUUUGGAAGCCUCAAAGAAUUUACCAAAACCUGAAGAGAAUGAUCAGACCACCGAAUCGGAUCAACAGGUACCAGAUUAUGACGUUAUUGACUUAAACAACAAUAAUGAUGCCGGCGAAUGGGCAGAAAACACCAUGGACUCCUCAAACUCAGCAAAAUCACUUGCAGAACGCGGCUGUGGCCAUCACACUCUGAAUGCCGUCAAGGAGGUCGAUGAAGAGAACAUCGAGUGA